UCUUUCGAUGGUUUUUCAAGGAUCAUGUAAUGUUAGUUUGCUCCCCGAAUUCGCUUCAAUAUGUUGCUGAAGAUGCGAAACGCCUGGAAUCUUUUCUGUGCUAGGUGGUCAUUAAACAUUAAGCGAAUUACUUACUGUUCGUCCGAUGACGGGUCUGCCAAUGGAUGCUUUUGGUGGCUGGAUAUGAUGUUACUUCUCGGAGGAAUUCGAAGUGAGCUGACGACAACCUGGGUUCACGAGCGCAAGAUUCGCAUAUUUUCCUGGAGUCUGUCGGCUUAUCAUGCGAUGGCGUUCGUUCUCGUGCUGAAUGAUGCGUUAAACGAGGAUAAGGAUACAGCUCUUGUAGUUUUGGAACUGAUGAAAGUGGCUUUCAUUACUGUCGCUUGCUUGUCAAGUGGUGAAAGUGGUGUCAGUCGCACUGCUCAAGAAACCAAUUGCAGCGCUGCGGAAAUUUAUCUGCAGUAAUCGUGUCAAUUCUGGUGACGUGGCGUUCGAUGAAAUGGAGCAACUGGAGUUUAGAAACACGGUUCGAAGAACCGUUCAAAUCAUUUUCGGCUUCAUAGUUGUGGAUACUGUUCUCUUGGUGAUCCCAAACUCCAUGAAAAAUGAUUUACUUGGCUUACCCCAUGCACUAACGCUAAUGGGUAGAGGAACAUCGGAAAUGCUAAAUUUCAUUCUGGCUAGUUUUUUGAGCGUUUCUUCUAGUCCAAAAUAUUUUUCCAGUACGGCCUGUGUUGGAGUUACCCUCGUUGGAAUGCGAACAAAACUAAGGAUUAUUUCUCAUCGCUUCAAACUGAUUUCACAGCAAACGUUCUCGAGCGAGGAGCAAUGUUUCAAACGCAUUAACGGAGAAGUGAAGGAAGCUUUGGCUCAGCAUCUGGAGUAUUGGAGCCAUUUGCAGACGAUGAAAGAUUUAAUUGGAAAAAUGUUUUUCCUGGUUCAUUAUUUCUCGAUUUUUGCUGUUGGGGCUCUGCUCUACGUCUGUCACGAGAUAACGCCCAACAGUAUUACGCUUGUCAUUAUUGCGGGAACCUCUUCCGUUUUAUUGGAGUAUUUUUUGUUGUGUUGCUUUGUUGAGUCUCUAGCGGAUGAAGCUGAUGCAAUCGAGCAGUAUAUCUUCGAAAUAAGUGCACAAAUUCCUUUCUGUUCAAAUCUACGUUCGGAGUACGUGCAGCUACAGAGCACGUUGAUGAUUAUCUGGAUAAACACCAGGAAUGGGAUGUCGAUGAAUUGCGUAGGGCUGUUUGAAAUCAACAUAUCCGCCUUUGCGGCGCUCGUCGAUGUUGCGUACUCCGUUUUGAUGUUUCUGAUAAACAUGGGAUAAGGGGCAAUCCAUUUAUUACGUAAGAAAGUUUUGGCGGUUUUUGAAAUCCCCAUCCCUCU